AUGAAGUCUCGACGUGACUUUGACUUUGUUCAACAAAACCCUGACAAUGCCGCAGCCAUCGUAAUCACAUCCGACCUCCACGUCAUCGCCGAAGCCAAGGUCGACUUCGACGGCGAUUUCGGAGCCAAGUAUGGCAUCACCAAGGGGGUCUACGUCGUGCCCGCCGAGAGCGAGGUCUACGCCCCCGUAGCCAUGUGGCUCGAGGCUCUCGACCUUGUUCUUGUUCGUCUCAAGGAGAAGAUCUCGCUCGAGAAUAUCAAGGGCAUCAGCGGUUCGUGCCAGCAGCACGGGAGCGUGUACUGGGCGCGCGGUGCCGAGGGAAAGCUCGGCGCCCUUAGUGCUGAGAAGAGUCUUGUUGAGCAGCUCAAGGAUUCGUUCUCGCAUCCGUAUGCGCCGAACUGGCAGGAUCAUAGUACGGAUGCGGAGGUUGAGCAGUAUAAUGCUAAGCUGGGCGACUCGGAGAAGCUGGCGGAGGCGACGGGGAGCGGGGCUCAUCACCGCUUCACUGGUCCCCAAAUUAUGCGGCUUAGGCGUAAGCUUCCUGAGAUGUACGGCAACACUGAGCGCAUCGCCCUCGUUUCGUCCUUCCUCGCAUCCGUCUUUCUCGGCAAGUAUGCCCCCAUGGAUAUUAGCGAUGCCUGCGGCAUGAAUCUCUGGGACAUUCCCAAUGCCAAAUGGAACGAAUCCCUCCUAGAGCUCACAGCCGGCCCGGACGGCGUCGACGAGCUGCGCCAGAAACUCGGAGAGGUACGCAAGGAUGGCGGUGGAAGCAUUGGUUCCAUCGAUAACUACUUCGUCUCCAAGUACGGCUUCGGCGCCGAUUGCCAAAUCGCACCCUUCACAGGCGACAACCCGGCCACCAUCCUCGCCCUCCCACUUCGACCCCUCGACGCCAUCGUCUCCCUCGGCACCUCGACCACGUUCCUCAUGAUCACGCCCUACUACAAGCCCGAUCCCGCCUACCACUUCUUCAAUCACCCCACCACCCCGGGUCAAUACAUGUUCAUGCUCUGCUACAAGAACGGCGGCCUCGCGCGAGAAAAAGUCCGCGACACUCUCCCGAAGCCGGAAUCCGGCGACCCGUGGGCCAACUUCAACAGAGCCGUCCUUGACUCGCCGCCUCUCGAUGUCGCAUCUGAAUCCGACAGGGCCAAGCUCGGCCUGUACUUCUACCUCCCCGAGAUCGUGCCCAACAUCCGCGCGGGCACGUGGCGAUAUACCUGCAACGCCGCCGACGGCAGCGACCUCUCCGAGUUCCAAGACAAGGACGGGUGGGGCCCCGAAAAGGACGCCCGAGCCAUCGUCGAGUCGCAGGCCCUCUCCAUGCGCAUGCGCUCCCAGAAGCUCGUCCACAGUCCCCGCGAGGGUCUCCCACCACAGCCUCGGAGGGUGUAUCUCGUCGGCGGCGGCUCCCUAAACCCCGCCAUCGCGCGCACCAUGGGUGAGGUCCUCGGCGGAGCGGAGGGCGUAUAUAAGCUCGACGUCGGGGGGAAUGCUUGCGCUUUGGGGGGCGCGUAUAAGGCUGUGUGGGCGCUGGAGAGGGCGGAGGGGGAGAGUUUUGAUGAGUUGAUUGGGAAGAGGUGGAAGGAGGAGGGGGCGAUUCAGAAGGUGGACGAGGGGUUUAGGGAUGGGUUGUUUCAGAGGUAUGGGAAUAUUUUGGGGGCUUUUGAUGCUCUGGAGCGGAAUAUUCUGGCUGAGAAGUGA